AUGAGCACCAAAAAUACCAUUCUGAAACGUUAUGAUGGCCGUUUCAAGGACAUCUUUGAAGAAAUCUAUGAAGCUGAAUAUGCAAAGAAGUUUGAUGAGCUUGGCAUUUGGUAUGAACAUCGUUUGAUUGACGACAUGGUUGCCCAGGCCCUCAAAUCCAGCGGUGGCUUUGUUUGGAGUUGUAAGAAUUAUGAUGGCGACGUUCAGUCUGAUAUUGUUGCACAAGGUUAUGGCUCUCUUGGUCUGAUGACCAGCGUUUUGGUGUGUCCUGAUGGCAAGACAAUAGAGUCUGAAGCUGCUCAUGGCACAGUAACCAGACAUUACAGAGAGCAUCAAAAGGGUAAUCCAACUAGCACCAAUCCUAUCGCCAGUAUCUUUGCCUGGACCCGUGGCCUAGAACAUAGAGGAAAAUUGGAUAACAACAAAGAAUUGAUCAGGUUUGCUCAAAUUAUGGAGACAGCCUGUGUUGACACUGUUGACAGUGGGAAAAUGACAAAAGAUUUGGCUGGCUGCAUUCAUGGCCUGAAGAAUGUGAAGCCUGAUCACUACUUGGUCACGAUGGACUUCCUGGAUGCCAUUGCUGAAACUGUUGAGAAGAAAUUGUGA